UUGCACGCUGAACACUAUUGCAGGAUGCAAAGCGGGAAGAGAGUGGUGGAGUCUGCAAAAGAGACGGCGGGGAACAUCACCGCCUCCACCAAGGCCGGCAUGGAGAAGACCAAAGCCUCCGUCGAGGAAAAGGUGGAGAAGAUGAGGGCCAGGGACCCGGAAGAGAAGGCGGAGGCGGGGCGGCGGAAGGAGGAGAGGAAGUACGAGGCGGAGGCCGAGAAGGAGGCAGCGAAAGAGCGGCACGCGGCAGAAAGGGAGGAUGUGAGGGCUGGUGGAGCUGCAGGCGGCGGUGUGGCUGGCCACCCGGCUGGCCAAGCUCCGGUGGCAUCCGGCGGCCACCCCCAUGCUGGUGGUCGUGGCUCCACCACGGGCCCCGGCUUCUGACCGAGUUAAACCUGUUGAUUUAUCGCAUAGAGCCAAAUAGAUGAUGCCUUUGAAUACCGGCAUCGUUACGUGCUUGUAAGUCUUUAGUUUGUCGACCGUAAGAUCGUGUGGUCUGAUUCCCGGCAGGAUUGCAUCAAAUGAAACGAAUACGGGAGACUGGGAAUAAAGAACGAGGUGUCGACAUCUUCUCGUAAAGACUUUUCGUUUAUAUUAAAUGGUAGUCCGUUUGUUUUA